UUCUUUUACGGUAAACCAUCACUUGGACAGCCUCGAGUGGCAACCGCCUAGGUACAUGCCCUGGACAGAUAUAUACGCUCUUAACCUUACGCUUCAAAAACAUUCGAUUGUAAAAGAGCAAAGACUCGGGGGCAUCGUCAGACAGCAACUUGUGCAUUAUUUUUGCCCCCACCUCCAAUACACCAUCGCUCACACUCGCAUUCAGGCACAUACAUAUA